CGCGACGACCAUCCAAGUCACCCACAUACAUGGAAGCGAUGCUCACCUGUUCCCAGCUUUUUUUCAAGAAGAGUAUUAUAGUUUAGGGUAGCUUAGAUAAUUGUUUACGUAUGAUAUGUAUAAGAUAUAGUUACAGGAACGGUAAUUGUUGGCGAUUUGAAUGUGAGGCUGUGUUAACACGGUGUGAGAGGAUGAUGGUGACUUGGUCUGGGUCUGCACCUGUCGCUCCAAGGAAACUCAAGACUACUUUACGUAUCUUAUUGUAACUGAAAGAUGACAAUGAAGACAAGAAGCAUCAGUUAUCAUAGCUAGACGCUCGUGCUGCGUCAGGAAGUUAACAGUUUCCCUGUCACACUCGCCUCGUGUUAAAUACAAGAGGGACAGGAGAGUCGCUGGUGGCUGCGUCAUCUGACUUACACGGCACCGACUAUAUAUAUCCAUCAUGGCUACCGAGGACGAGGUAACCUUAUUGUUUGAGCGACAUUCUGUGGUGCAGGUGCAAGAUAUUUUAAGAAAUACGCGUGGUAAUAUUGAGUGCAAAAAGGAAGAUUUGCGAGUUAUGGUGGGAGAGAGAUACAGGGAUUUAAUAGAAGCAGCAGACACCAUUGCUGAAAUGCGUGAUAGUGCUGAAGCUAUCUGUGAUAAUAUCAAGACUAUGGAAGGUCUCUGCGAGAGCCUUCAGCAACGGGGUCUUAUUGGAUUUAAGACACAGAGCCAACAAAAUAAUGGACUGGACAGGUAUUCAACAUCUGGCUCACAUUAUUCUGUAGCAGUACAGGUGAAGUUGCUGGUGAGAGUUCCAGAGGUAUUGUGGGAUCUCACAGAACACUCGCAAUAUUUGCCUGCAACCCAGCUACUGCUUUUGGCUCACAACACUCACACAGCAUUGCAGUUGUCUCCCACUGCUGAUAAGGUCUUUACCUGGUUUCCAGUUAUUGAACGUCAGUGGGCUAGCAUUACACAAUUCCGGAGCACAAUUGUUCGUGGCUGUUCAAAUCUUAUUAGCUCUGAGGCUGAUAAUGUUCAAGCUGUAUUAGAUGCAGUGGUGUCAGUCAUGCUCGUUGAAAGCUGUAGCUCUGCUGAGGCGCUCUCCCGGGUCCUCCACCUACGGCACGCUGCACUUAUGGCGGCACUAGCACCCAGACCAUCAGCCACUGCUAAAUCCCAAAUUACUCAAUUUACCACCUUAUUUAUAGCUUCCCUGAAUAUUGUUCAUGCUGUAUUUGUGGAAGGAGAAGAUGGGAAGAGUCUGCUUGAGAAGCGGUUGAAGGAAGUAGUCCAGGGGGAGGGUGAUGGAGGCUCCCCCAUCUCCCUCUUGCAAGAAUCCUCACUCACUUUGUCAUACCUUCCACAAUCCACCAGACACUUUAGACCCACAAUCCACGGCAACACAAAACCUCUUGGGAACGAGUUUGUUAAACGGCAGGUCACCAGCUGGUUGAACAAGGUGCUAUAUGAAGCCUCAAAAACUUUAGCAACAUUGCUUUCAUUUACCACAAGUAUCAAGGCACUGGCACUGAUCAGGUCCAGUGUGUGGGAGAUCUGUCAAGCCAGAUUAGAGAGAGAACAAUGGGACAAGAUCACUGAUGUUCUAUAUGGGGCACAGUUUGACCCAUGGGACUCAGUUGUUCAAGGCCAGGUGGCAGAAAGGGCCCGACAAGUUGUCGCAUCCCAGCUGACAGCAUCCAAGGAGGCAAUUGUUCAGAAGGUGUCUAGGCUGAUAAAAGAUAUUGCAUCUGAUCCCAAAAUAUGCUUAGAAGAAGGUGACAUUAGUAACUUUGUGUGGAGCGAGUCAGCUGGGGAUUUGCCCGAGCAAGUGGGAUGGACCUCGGCUGCUGCACGCUCUGUAUCUCAGUCAGGAGGCUUGUACUACAAAACACGAGGCUACACAAGUCGAUUACAAACUGUGUGUCGAGAACUCAACUCGAGGUUGACAGCUUUGCUUCAGGAUGUUGGACAUUUCAAUUAUGAAUUAGAGAAAGGAGACUAUCUUAGUGUUAACGACAAAAAUAGCUCAAGAGAAAGGGAAAAACACAGUGCCAUGGAAGAUUACAGCUCAUUGCUCAGUUUCCUGCAGGAUGCCAGUUGUGAAACAUUUGUUCUGCUUGUAAAGGAACUGGAAGACCUAGCGCAUCGUGAUGUCUCUGUUCAAAUACCCCAAGUCACUGAAGGCUGGGAUGAUGAUGUGUCUGGUCUGGCUCCAGCUGUGCCCCUAACCAUUACUGCAGUAGUGGGCCGCAUCUGUCAAGCGCUUCCCAAUAUUUGUACCCAGAUGCAGAUUUGUGCCUCAGCAUCUAAUCUGGUGAAUCCAGAUGUUGCAAGGCGUGUUUCAUUGGGAUCAAAAAUAGAGUCCGAAUCUUGGAUGAAGGUUCGUUUAGAACUUCAAGAGACCGGUGGCCGUCUGUUUGGCCGUUUCCUUAAAUCACUAACAUCUACUCUUUACACGGAGUUAAAGAUGUACCUCACAUCAGAACUUUCAUCAGGAGGAGUAGCCGCUUCCAUCAAAGCUUUUCCGUCAUGGGAGAUGGUACAAAUUGAAGAGGAAGGUGAAGGUGGCAAUGUUGUGAAAUCUUCCAUCCAUGUGCCUGCCCAUCCAACCCCAGCCCUCACGCAGGCUCUUGCCCGUCUUUGUUCGUCAGUCAACUCUGUGGGAGCUCAUACAAUUACCAGAAAUGCUCAGAGUGAAUUAGCCUCAAGUGCUUGUGAAGCUGUAACCUCUGCUUAUGAAAGCUCACUCCUUGACCAGGAACAGAUAAAUCAAACUUUGGCACUACAGCUCAUCUUUGAUUUGAGAUUUGUUCAGAUUAUUCUUCUGCCACGUGAUAAUAAGGAGGUGGGAGCUCAUCUGACUGCCAUGGUUCAGGAACUUGAGAAGAAAGUUGAUCCAUUUGAUCUUGAUGUGUUUGCACCUCAUGUUUCCACCAGAGUGAAGCUGUCUGCACAUAGAUUACAGGUGGUUCUGGGAGCAGUGUUGUCACGGGAUCGCCAGAUUACACCAAGUCGCCUUCCAGCUUCAUCAGCAUCCGGUGGAUCAAGCAACAAUGCCCUUCCAAUUGUCUUGCCUGUAGAAAUUCCGAGAUUUUCCAAUGUACCACUUCCUAUUCCUUCCUCAAGACCUUCUAUUCCGACCUCCAUCUCUAGCCCAUCUUUAUCACUGGCUGAGAACAUUGGUGAUGCAACUCCAUCAAAACAAGGCUCUUUGAAAACCUCACAUGCUCAGAGUAGCCCAUUGACAUCACGAAGAGAGACGUCAUCAGCAGCACUCUCAGCUUCCCGUAGUGCUGCCUCACUCUUCUCGGCAAUGAGCUCAUCUUGGUUUGGCUCAUCUUCAUCUUCAUCGACAUAACUGUGCCUACCAAACCAGUUUGAGGGUAUUUUAUUUUACAGAUAUUCAUCCAAAAUCUGAAAGUUUAUGGGACAAGAAAGGCAAGUAAGAUCUUGAAAACAUAUUUCCUGCAAUUCAAUUUCUUUUCACUGUAAUUUAAUGUACAUAUAUACAUACAUACAGUAUAUACUGUACUGUAUUGGCACUUGUGUAUAAUAAAUUGUCAGUGACAAUAAAAAUGCAUGAUUUUUUAAUAUUAUAUAAAUGUAAAUUACAUGACUAUAAUAGUCACAUGUUUUCUGGACCAAACCUGGAUGAAUUAUCUGUUGUGUCCGGAAAAGUGGUUCGCCAUUCUGGAAAACUCAAGAAAUUUUGUUUACAAUUAUCUUUAUUUUACUCACCAGUAUGAAAAGCUAUGAUCCACUUAAAAAAAUUAAGAAUAUUGUUGAAGCUCCUGAGCCAUCCACUAGUAUACAAUGCUCAGAAAUUUUCAGUAAUGUGAAAAUCCCUGGCUUUUUCAUGAGCAGACAGCUUUCCACAAGCUUUUUCAUCUCAAGCUUCUGCCUGUAACACUCCCAUACUGUAUUUUAGCUUUGCCUGUUGCCUUUCUAUUAUAUAUUGAUUUAUCACUUUCACUUCAAGAAAAAAUAGUCAAAAUCUUGGUCACUUGGGUCUCAGUGCACAUAACACAUUUUGGGAUGCCACACACACUAGCUUCUUUACUCAUUGUGUUUUCUUCUCAAAAGUCGUAUUUAAUUGCUUUCUCAUAGGUUUCCCGCUUGUAGAAACCAUCACCAACAAAUUACUUUACCAGCAUUUGUAACUGACAUGGUGCACAGAUGUUCAUUGAUUUUGCCAAUACUAGUACUGUACAGUUUAUCCAGGAAAAUUAUUGAAAGAACACUCCAGUACUGUACCACAAGCAAGUGAAAAGAUAGGACACCAAAACCAUCAGUGGUUUCAAGGCAUCAUAUGACAGUACUGUACUGUCAGUUAAUUACACUCAGGACGACAGCUAUAAUCAUGGUGUCCUGUCUUCCUAUAAUAAUUUGAAUUAUUAUUUAAAUUAUUACUGGGAAGACAGGACACCAUGAUUAUAGCUGUCGUUUUGAGUGUAAUUAACACCUAGUUACACUUGGGUAAUUACAAGUCAAAACAAAUGUUGUGAAGCCUCACUGCACAUUUUAUUUGGACUGCUUGCUAAACAACUUUAUUCAGUCUCAAAAAUUAGAAAUUGGCAAAUCUGGAUUAGUUGUGUUUGAUGAGCACAUGGCUGACUUUGUACGGAAAUGUUAUGCCUUUAUAUUCUGUAAUCCAUUAGUAAAUUUGAUACUAUUUUCACAUAUUUCCAGUUUUAACUAUGGUAAGUAUUUUGUUUAAGGAACUACUUUAGGACUAUGAUAUGCAAGUUUAAUAUGAGAUAUUUUAAUUCAAAAUUAAAUAUUAAUGAAGUAAUGGGCAUUUAAGUCUUCCAGCUGAAUUUUGUUACAUUGUAGUUAGUACUUUUUUUUUUCCUUAAAAAUGCUGACUAUGAAAUAUAUAAUUUUAUUCAUCAGAUUUUUAUUCAUCAAAGAUUAAUUUCCUUACUGGUUCUCUUGCAAAAAAUUUAUUGAAAGCAGUAUCUUAUUAAAUAAUAAAACUUGUUUGGCUGGACAAUAAUGCAACUGUAUUAACUAAAUACAGUGAACAAUUAUUUUUAAAGAUGGGCAAGUCCCUUUACUUUGACAGUUAUAAAGAACAAUAACAAACUUCAUGUUCUCUGCAUCUUUGCCAAAUUUAUGGUUAAGUCUUGAUAUUGUCAUUAGGGUAUUUUGCACAAGUUACAUGGUGGUGGUGUCAACAUUAACGUGUUUAAAUAUGUUUUAUUAUGAUUACUUGGUACUGUUAACUUUUACUGUUAUUAGACUUAUCAAUAUAAAAUAAAUUUUCACGUUUUGCCAUUGCUGUUCAUACAAGAUCCUAAUGUAGAGAUAAUAUUUAAAGGUUCGUAAUAAAAAUGUAAACAAAAACUGUAUUUAAGAAUAGUAAUUUCACAAGGAAUGAAGUUUGUAUAGUGAGGUGCAUCAUUUGGAGUUGGGUUUUUCAAUAAAUAAAUAUAAGGAUAAGCAGCUACCAAGACUAUUUAUAGGAAGGGAAAUGUUGAAGAAAACAAGCUGAUCAAUAAAUGUUUUCUUAGGAAUGUAUAAACACUACAUAAAAGAAUUUUAAAA